UCAGACCAGUGUGAGCCCUGCUGGUCUCCAGUCGCCUUCACAGCACUGCAAGUGGAAGAGGAGGAGGAGGGGGAGUAUCCGUCCUUGCGCCCCAGGCGGGAGAGAGGAACAAGGGAGAGGAAAGUAAGAAGUGAACAUGCUAGAGAUGCAGAGAGUCUUAAUAAAGGGGAAAUGAGAGAGAGAGAGAGACAAGAGAAUAUGAGUGCAGGAGAGAAAAGCUGAAAAAAAGCCAGGAGUACAGAAAGAGAGAGCAAGAGCAGGGUGGCACAGGGAGAACAGCAAAUGAGUGAGCGAAUUGGAAAGGAAGAGAGAGAGUGAGCGAGAGCAAAUGAGAGGGAGGGAGGCGAACAACACUGCAGACACUCGCCCACUGUCACUGCUCCACAGCCAGAGGACAGAGGCAGCAACGGCAACAGUGGGAGCGGAUAUGAUGGAGCAGAAAGACUGUACCAUCCAUCUGCAGCUCAGUGCCCGUCACUGACAGCCUCCCUCUGGGACCAUCCUGCCAAGUUGGGAACACCUAAAAAAAAAAAAACGAGGAAAACUACUCUCUCUGUCCUUCACAAGACCAAGUACUGGACCUCAACUCCUGCAGGACCAUCAUACACAAACCUGAUUAUUUUUCCCUUUCUUACACUCCCCUACACUUAACUCACACCCUCUCUCAAACUGAAGCACACUUCCCUUCUCGUUGCCUUUUGGACUAUUUUAUUCUUUUUUGUCAUCACUGCCUGUGCCGACCUUCCAAGCUGAGUGGAUUUACUUUUAUCCUGUGGCGGACCAUGGGGCUGGGGUGGAGGGGUGCAGGAGGGACCCGCCGAAUAAGGACAGAAGAGAGCUGGUACCUUUUGGUGACAUUGAUGCUGUUGUGUGGUUUCCGGAAGGCUCUCACACAGACAGAUGAUGGGAAGUCUGUCUACUUCUGGGAAACAGGUCCAUGGGGAAGAUGCAUGGGCAGCGACUGUGGCCCGGGGGGCAGCCAAAGCCGGGCAGUCUGGUGUGCCCAUGUAGACGGCUGGACGACGCUUCACACCAACUGUGACCAGGUCCAGCGUCCCUCUAACCAGAGAAACUGUUUCCGUGUGUGUGACUGGCACAAGGACCUUUAUGACUGGAAACUGGGUGCCUGGAAUGAGUGUGUGCCAGUAUCUGCAAGGACCUUUGGGGCUCCACGGCUGUUCACAUGCAGUGGAGGCGAAGAGGGCAUUCAGACGCGGGAGGUAGGCUGCAUACUCAAGUCAGAUGGGUCCCCAGCAGAGGAUGCCAUCUGUGAGUACUUUGAGCCCAAGCCUCGCCUGGAGCAGGCAUGUUUGAUCCCUUGCCCUCAGGAUUGUGUGGUUUCCGAGUAUUCGCCAUGGACAUCCUGCUCCAAAACGUGUGGAACAGGCCUCAGGAACAGAGUACGCAGUGUCUUGGUUCCGCCACUUUUUGGAGGUUCUAUCUGUCCCAACCUAACUGAGUUCCAGUCUUGUAAGCCGGGGCCUUGCACAGGUCCGGAGGGUGUGUACAGCCUCAGGGUUGGACCGUGGAGCCCCUGCGCCCUCCCACAGGCUCGGACAACACGGCAAGUCAAACGCAGGAAAGGUAAAGGUCCAGGGCUCAGGGAGCGAGCAGGAGUCAAAGAUCCAGAGACCAGGGAGCUUAUCCAGAAGAAACGAACCAGGAACCGCCUCAACCGGCAAGAGAGUCCCUUCUGGGACAUCCAGAUGGGCUACCAGACCAGGGAGGUGAUCUGCAUGCACAGGAAUGGGAGCGCUAUGGGACGCAACCUGUGCACACUGAGGGAUCUACCACUCACUGUCCAGUCCUGCGUCCUUCCCAAAGACUGCCAGAUUACCGACUGGGUCGAUUGGAGUCCCUGCUCCAAAACCUGCUUGGACCCUGAGUCACCCAGAGGAAAUCGCACUCGGAGCAGACAGGUUCUCCAGUUCCCUGUGGGUGAGGGGGCGGAGUGCCCACCGCUGGAGGAGUCGGAGUCUUGUGAACCUCAGGGUGAUGGCGUGCCGCCCUGCGCCACUUACACAUGGAGAACCACAGAGUGGAGCGACUGCCGGGUUGACUUGUUGCUAAGCCAACAAGACCGUCGACGUUAUAACCUAACGGGGCUUUGUGGAGGAGGCCUGCAGACACGGGAAGUUUAUUGUGUCCAGGCCAAUGCUGAGCUUCUAAAAUACCUCAAUGAUCUUCGAGAAAAAGAAAAAGCCUCCCGUCCUGUGGAAAACAAGCUGUGUGAGGGUCCAGUCCCUAACAGAUCCCAGCUGUGCCAAAUCUCCUGUCCCAUCGACUGUGAGGUGUCACCGUGGGGCGCCUGGGGGCCGUGCACCUUUGAAAACUGUGACGAUCAAGCUGGAAAGAAAGGUUUCAAACUGAGGAAACGACAGAUUACAAACGAGCCAACAGGAGGUCCUGGGAACUGUCCACAUCUGGUGGAGGCGGUGCCAUGUGAUGAACCCAGUUGUUAUGACUGGCAACUGGUCAGUCUGGAUCAGUGUAUUCCUGAAGAUGAGAAGCAAUGUGGACCUGGCACUCAGCUCCCACAGGUCCGAUGUGUCAACAGCAAUGGAGAAGAAGUGGACAGAAAUCUUUGCUCAUCCUCCCCGGCUCCAGAGCCCGCCUCCUGUGAGGUGCCUUGCUCAAGAGACUGUGUGCUUAGUGACUGGACUUCCUGGUCCACCUGCUCUCAGACGUGCUCCAGUAAGACCAUCGAGGGCAAGCAGAUGAGGACGCGCUCCAUUCUGGCCUACAACGCUGGGGAAGGUGGUGCCCUGUGCCCCAACAGCAGCGCCCUUCAGGAGGUGCGGAACUGCAACGAACAUGCCUGUACAGUGUACCACUGGCAGACGGGGCCCUGGGGCCCUUGCACUGAAGACCCUUCUGCUUCACCCCUCAACACUUCUCUGGGUGGCCGAGCCAGCAGCGGCGGACAGGGCCCCUGCUCCAUGGGAAUGCAGACUCGCAAGGUCAUCUGUGUCCGAGUCAACGUGGGACAAGUGCCACCUAAAAAGUGUCCAGACGGCCCUCGCCCCAACACGGUGCGUCCGUGUCAGCUGCUCUGCAAGAGAGACUGUAUCGUGACCCCAUUCAGCGACUGGACAACGUGUCCGGUUACUUGUGACGCAGCUGGUAACGCGGUGAAGAAAAAGCAAUCAAGGAAGCGUCUUAUCAUCCAGAUGCCUUCCAACGGAGGACAGGACUGUCCAGAGGUGCUUGAGGAGGAGAAGGACUGUGAGGUCCCUAAAGUCUGUCCAGGUUUCAGAUGGAAAACACACAAAUGGAGGAAGUGCCAGCUGGUCCCGUGGUUUCUCAGACAAAACACUCCUGGUGCACAAGAGACCUGUGGACCAGGACUUCAGACAAGAGCUGUUUCCUGUCGCCAGCUGGACGGGACGCAGGCCGACAUCAGCGAGUGCCUGAAAUUCGCUAAGGCCAUGCCUGCCAUCACUCAGCGCUGUCAGCUCCCUUGCCAGGAUGACUGCCAGCUGACCAACUGGUCCAAGUUCUCGUCCUGCACAGCUGACUGUGUGGGGGUCCGCACCAGAAAGAGGGCAUUGAUAGGGAGAAGCAAGAAGAAAGACAAGUGCAAGAACACACAAAUGUAUCCUCUGAGCGAGACGCAGUACUGCCCUUGUGACAAGUACAAUGCCCAGCCAGUUGGGAACUGGUCAGACUGCAUCCUGCCUGAUGGAGGCAAAGCAGAGAGCAUCCUGGGAAUGAAGGUUCAAGGAGAUGUCAAGGAGUGUGGACAAGGUUAUCGCUACCAGGCCAUGGUGUGCUACGACCAAGACAACAGACUGGUGGAGACCUCCCGUUGUAACAGUCAUGGUUAUAUUGAGGAGGCUUGCAUCAUCCCUUGUCCUUCAGACUGUAAACUAAGUGAAUGGUCCAACUGGUCACGCUGCAGCAAAUCCUGUGGGAGUGGAGUCAAAGUUCGCUCCAAAUGGCUUAGAGAGAAGCCGUACAAUGGUGGCCGGCCUUGUCCCAAACUGGACCACAUAAACCAGGUACAGACAGUGUAUGAAGUGGUUCCAUGUCAGAGCGACUGUAAUCAGUACGUGUGGGUGGCUGAGCCGUGGAGCGUGUGGAAAGUCAGCAACGUGGAUUUGAAAGAGAACUGCGGUGAAGGUGUCCAGACCAGGAAAGUCAGGUGCAUGCUCAACACCAUAGAUGGCCCGUCGGAGUCUGUGGAGGACUAUCUAUGUGAUCCAGAGGAGAUGCCCCUGGGGGCCCGGGAGAGCCGGCUGCCCUGCCCUGAAGACUGCGUCCUCAACGACUGGGGCCCCUGGAGCCGCUGCAGCUUGCCCUGUACGAGAACCAACAAUCGAGUGCGGAUGGCAUACACUCUUCGUUCCCCUAGUGUUGGCAGAGAGUGUCCAGAGAUGACUGACAAAGAGCCCUGCAGCCUGAACCUCAACUGUUUCAACUACUUCUACAAUAUCACAGACUGGAGUACUUGUCAGCUGAGUCCUAACGCUGUGUGCGGAAGUGGCAUCAAGACCCGGAUGCUGGACUGUGUUCGCAGUGAUGGGAAAUCGGUUGAUAUGAAAUUCUGUGAGGAGUUGGAUUUGGAGAAGAAGUGGCAGAUGAACAUCUCCUGUGUGGUCGAGUGUCCCGUCAACUGCCAGCUGUCGGAAUGGUCGGCCUGGUCAGAGUGUUCGCAGACCUGCGGAUUGGAAGGUAAGAUGUGGCGCCAGCGGUCGGUGGUUCAGGCCUCUCAGGGUGAUGGCCGGCCAUGUCCUCUUCAGAUGGAGCAGUGGAAGCCCUGUCCUGUCAGACCCUGCUACCGCUGGCAGUACAGCCAAUGGUCUGAGUGCCGGGUGGAGAGUGUGGUAUGUGGACACGGCAUGCGUUACAGGAACCUGUCAUGCUUCGUGUCGGACGGUUCCAUCGAUGGCGAGGGCAGCCUGGUGGACGAGGAGCUGUGCAGCAGCCUGGAGCUGGCCGUCGACGGAGACAAGCAGAUCACACUGAAAGAGGCCUGCACCCUCCCAUGUCCAGGUGAUUGCUACCUGAUGGAGUGGUCGGACUGGAGCUCUUGUGUUAGCAUCUGCGUCAAAGGUGCCGGUGUCGAGUUCGGCUCAGUCCAGGUCCGCUCACGAGCUGUGUUGGCCCAAGAACCUGAAAACCUGCAGCUCUGUCCAGACCAGGCCUGGGAGUCUCAGCCAUGCACUGUGGGUGAAUGUUACGAGUACAAAUGGUUCAGUAGCAGUCGUCUAAACUCCACCCGCCCUUUAAUCUGGUGUCAGCGCUCAGAUGGACUCAAUGUGACAGGAGGUUGUCCUCCCAUGAACCCUCCAUUGGACAACAGCUCCUGUGACCCUCCCUGCCUCAUGCCAAAGUCUUUCUGCAGUGAGGCUGGUGUUUGUAUGUGCGAGGAAGGCUUCACAGAAGUGCUGUCAUCCACUGGGCAGCUGGACCAGUGCGCCCCCAUCCCGAUCCUGGAGAUCCCCACAGCAGGGGACAAGAAGGGGGACGUGAAGACCAGCCGUGCCAUUAACCCCACGAUGCCCAGCACCAUCCAGCCAGGACGCACUGGUCGGACCUGGUACCUGCAGCCCUACGGUCCAGAUGGGAAACUGAAGAUGUGGGUGUAUGGUGUAGCAGCCGGAGCCUUUGUGCUCCUCAUAUUCAUAGUGUCUAUGAUAUACCUAGCUUGCAAAAAGCCAAAGAGACCUCAGAGACAGAGGCAACAAAACAACCGACUAAAACCUCUGACUCUCGCCUACGAUGGGGACACAGACAUGUAGUUCUCCAAGGGACACUUCACCGAGCACUUCACCUGUCAUAGAGGCCCACUUCAUCACUCCAUUACAGUGAGGGACAUGGAUGUUUGCAGCGUGAAUGGACACGUCACAAAGCGGAGAAAUUACAGAAAAUCCUCUUAGCAGAGACACUGCUGGGGUUUAACCAUUUCAAGUACAGCUCCGUUCACUCCUCUUUUGUUAUUUAACAUUUUCUUUUGCAAGAGCCUUCGUGACCUCCAGCGUGUUCAGUGAAAUGCCUUUUUUUUUUUUUGCCCCUACACGUCCAUAUUUCUGUACACAAAGGACUUGUCUGAGACACAGGCAGGGCUGGGUGCAGAAGACAGACCCAGCUCUCCUGCUGUCUCAGAACAUGGCAGCACAAGCUCCAACUCUUCCCCCGCGCUUUUCUGCUUGUCCCUAAAAAUGCUGAGUAGCUGGAGGCUUAGGAUGCUGUGACGGUUCGUACGUUGCCAAAAGUCACCGCAGGGAAGAGGAGGAGGAGGGAGAGGAAAAUCUCCAUAAAAAGGUUUGGAUCCCUUUUUCUCAAUCCUCGACUGGGUUGUGACUCAAAUCUCUUUUACAGUCUUGAACAAAAGGGAGGCAUUUCUUCUCUCUUUUUUUCUUUUUUGUUUUUGCUUGAUUCAGAGGCACACAGGCCUGUGUUUGUGGGAUAAACCAAUCUGUAUGAUGCUGAUGGAGGAGUAGCCUGCAAUCAGUUGUUCAUGGAAACUACUGCCUGCCUGCUUGCCUCCACCCUUGCUUUGUUUCAGGCACUACAUUGCACUAUAUUAGUGCAGCAUGAUAUGCACAUGUGACUUCUACCUUCUAUUGCCAUAAAACACUGCCUCUUCCACAGACGUACAGCAGAGGAUCAGCUAAGGCCAACACAAGAACACUCAAAAAGAAACGACGGUGACGAGAAAACAUGUUUAGACGUGUCACAUUCAACAAAACAGGUUUGAAUCUCAAGUAAAUAUAUGUAUAGAUUUUAUUUCUCACAGCAGUUUUUGGUUGUAGUAAGGUACCUUUUGUGGUUUGUAGAUUUCGUCUGGUGUUAUCACUUUAUUUCUGCCCAGAUGCAACUACGAUAUCAGCAGGUGACUUGUUUUAAACCCCUGCUCUAAAAAGUUUUGCAAAAUUCAGAUUCAACUUUUUUUUUUUUUUUUUUUUUUUUAAAUAACAUAAUACCAAUAUUAUGGAAACAUUGAGAUUUUACAGCAGCUUAUAAAGACAGACAUAAAUUUAAAUGAUUCACAUCAUGCAAAUGUCAUUUCUGCCUUACUGACAAUAACUGAAUACUAACAGUCCUGUAAUGCAGUUUUUAAUACUUGAAUGGGGCAUACAUUAAACACUACAAGACAUGUAGACAUAAACUAAAUCUUCUUUUAAUUUCAUGUCACAUACAGAAAUAUAAUCAGUUUUUAAAACUUUUUCAUGUAGUGAACGUAUCAUAGGUGCUCUAUCGUUUUUCAGUCACACUACAUGGAGAUGAAAUAUGAAUUUAAAAAAAACAGUCUGUACAAACUAAAAUUAUACAGUAUGUUAAUAAUAAGAGAACACGCUUAAGAGAACAGCUGAGUUCAACGUAAAACAAACUGGUGUGGAGAAUGUUUACUUUUUUUGUUGUGGGAUUUGUAAAUAACAGCAAUUUUUUUAUUUUUUUGGAAAAAAAAUCUAAGUAUGUGUACAUUUAUUUUGUAAUGCACAGAAAAUGUUUAGUUUGAAUAUUGCAAAGUGGGUGUAUGAUAUUGCUGAUUGUUGUUAUCAUGAUGCAACUUGUAUGUUGUGACAAAAAAAAGGAAAGAAAAAAGCAGAAAGGCUCAGCCGUUUUGUACAGGUUGUUUCUAUGUAUGGGAAGAAUUACUGAAAAUAAAUGCGAACACGGUUGUAAACACAA